CAUCCUGCAGGGAAGCCACUCAGAGACUCAGCUCCCUUCAGCUGCACAAUCAUCUGAAUCAGCAGACACAUAGCAAGGACUAAAGGGCUGUUUGCCUUUGGAAUCCUCCUCAGCAGAGACAAGUGAAACAAAGCAAUUGAGCCUUCUGCAUUUUAAACCAGAUUCUUUCAGGUUCAUGUGCCAUUUCCCUAGAGGUAGGUGAGCAAGGUGCAAGCGGGGGGAAAAAAGUCGACCACCUAACUCCGGUGGCAAAGGAAGAUUCCCCAUCCCCGCGAACUUAAAUGUGAGGGUGAGAGGAACUGCAAAUAUCUUCUGGUCCUGCGGCUGCGUGCCACUUUCACUAGUUUGGGGUGCAGGAAGAAACGUGGCUUGACGGAGGCCAACAGCACCUUGCAGAGAGAAGCCUGCAGCAUGUCAUGGGCUGGUGUGUGCAUUUCUAGGAGAGCAGAGCACACGUGUACAUGUUAGCAAACGAAGAGCCACAUCAUCUCCAGAAUUCCCUUCCCUCCUCCCCUUCCUCUUCUUGCUUUACAGUAACCCAGAAGACUUCUCAAUCUUUUCUAGUCUGGGAUUAUAGUCGCAAGAGCUGCCGGCAUGAAGCUUUUCCUGAUUAUUCUGCCUUCUCUUUUCCAAGCUGUUACAAAGUCUCUUCUGGUUCAUUCCAGGCUGGACAGCUAUGCCUGCCCUUUGGGACAGUUCCCCUGUGGCAACCUGUCUGUCUGUUUACCCCAGCUCCUGCACUGCAAUGGAGAGAAGGACUGCGACAACGGUGCCGACGAAGAGAACUGCGUGGAUAAUAGCGGGUGGCUGCAGAUCUUGGAUGACAUGCAGCAAACCAAGGGCAACAGAGCCACUAAGGAAGAGGAGACCCCAGUCUGUGUGCUUGACCGGUUCCCAGAGGAAUGCCAGUGCCAGGGAAGGACGAUAGAUUGCACCGGCCAGAACUUGCACACCGUCCCCUGGGUCUCCUCCAACGUGACGAAGCUGGUUCUGAAUAUUAAUAAAAUCCACUCACUGUGGGACAACCAGUUUAUCAUGUACGGAAGUCUGGAGAAGCUCCUCUUACAGCACAACGAAAUCCAGUCAAUACUGCCCCAUGCUUUUGCUGGACUUUCCAAGCUUAAAAUGCUGUUCCUGAGUCACAAUAACAUCACUGAGCUGAAGCCAAGAGUCUUCCAGGAUCUGCAUCAUCUUGAAUGGCUAAUGCUGGAUAACAACAGAAUUGCCAAGAUCCUCCCAGCGACUUUUGUGGGGUUGAAAUCUCUGUACUUUCUGUACAUGCUGAACAACUCCCUGAGUAGCAUGCCCAACACUUCCGUAUGUGCAGAGAUGCCGAAGCUCAGCUGGCUGGAGCUGGAAGGAAACCAGAUCCACGCUCUGAAGAGCUCAGUGUUCCAGGAAUGCAGCACCUUCACUGUGCUGAUUCUGCGCAGAAAUAAGAUCAAAUGGAUCCAGGAAGGGGCGUUUUCCAACCUGAGCAGACUGGUGGAGCUUGACCUGUCUUACAAUAAACUGGAGGAACUUCCACCAUCUUUAUUCAGUAACCUGCAUGACCUCCAGCAGCUGAAUAUUUCCUACAACCCCCUGAAGCAGAUCUUUGCCGACCAAUUUGACAGCCUGCCCCACCUGCGCUCUCUGAGUAUUGAAGGUCUGGAGAUCCCCAACAUCCAGACUCGCAUGUUCCAGAAACUCACCAAUCUGUCUCACAUCUACUUUAAGAAGUUCCAGUAUUGCAGCUACUCUCCGCACGUGCGCAGCUGCAAGCCCAACACCGACGGCAUCUCCUCCUUCGAGAACCUCCUGGCCAAUAUCAUCCUCAGGGUCUUUGUCUGGGUCAUCGCGUGCAUCACCUGCUUUGGGAACCUCUUUGUCAUCUGCAUGAGGUCCUUCAUCGUCACAGAGAACAGCCAGCACACCAUGGCCAUCAAAUCGCUCUGCUGUGCAGACUGUCUGAUGGGAAUCUAUCUCUUCUUCAUUGGAGCCUUUGAUCUCAAGUUCUCCGGCGAGUACAACAAGCACGCCCAGGUGUGGAUGGCGAGCAUCCAGUGCCAGCUGGUGGGCAGCCUGGCCAUGCUGUCCUCGGAGGUGUCCGUCCUGCUGCUGACGUACAUGACCCUGGAGAAGUACCUCUGCAUCGUCUUCCCAUUCAGCCAUUAUGGGGCGGGCAAGAAGCGGACCCUCUCCAUGCUGGUCGUCAUCUGGCUGUUGGGCUUUUCUCUCACCCUCGUCCCCUUCUGGUGCAAGGAGACCUUUGGGGACUACUAUGGGAGGAACGGGGUGUGUUUCCCACUCCAGUCUGACGAGACCGAGCGACCAGGAGCCAGGGGCUACUCCACUGGGAUAUUUCUGGGUCUGAACCUCAUUGCCUUCAUCACCAUCGUGUUCGCCUACACCAGCAUGUUCUACUCCAUCCACACCACGGCCACCAAGACGGCCGAGCGCAGCGUCUUCUCCAGGGAAGUGGCCAUCGCCAAGAGAUUCUUCUUCAUCGUCUUCACUGACGCCCUCUGCUGGAUCCCCAUCUUCCUCCUGAAGCUUCUCUCCCUGCUGCAGAUGGAAAUACCAGGCACCGUGACGUCAUGGGUGGUCAUUUUCAUCCUGCCCAUCAAUAGUGCCUUGAACCCCAUCCUGUACACCAUCACCACCACCCCCUUCCAGGAGAAGCUCAAGCUGUGUUUGCAGAAGAAGCAGCUGCAGCAGUCGUCACUUCAGGACCUAGAAGAGUCCAGAAAGAGCUUUUCCCUGCUAUCCACACACACCAGCAGCACCUGACAGUCCCCAGCGGCUUAGCCUUGGGAGUGGUGACAGGCCUCACUGCUUCAUGCAUGCAGCUAUGAAGGACCGUGUCUCUGUCCUCCCCAGGUGCCUCCCCUGGCUGGUUCAUUGCCCACCCCAAUGACAGCCAUCUUGGGGGCAGAUGAUGCCAAAGGGGAGCUGCCACCACUUGCCAAGUGCUAGUCAUUAUCUCAGCCAGCUCUCGACCAUGGAGGGAAUACCACUCCCAGCUGCAGCAACAGUGCCUAGUGUUGUAUAGGAGGCUACAGAAGAAAUGGUCACAGAUAGCCGAUGGGGCCUGAACUCUGCUUGUCUGCCCCAAGAUUGAAAGCACUGGAACGCUGCCUGCCCCAUGCAUUCUCAUUGCUGCGUGUCAGCGCUUUGGGUUUAGCUGAUGCUGGUUCAGCACAAGGAUUAACCAGCUGCUGUGGAAUGGAUGUUGUAUUUCAUCCUAACCCUCUGUCGCAUGGUCCCUGUAGCUCCCUGCCCCUUCGCCCUGGAGCCAAGCUGCAGGGGCAGCUGCUGCAGCAGCCUCUGGAACAGCUGCCCCCACUGCAGAGCCCCAGAGAGGUGUUUUCUGCAUUGCCGGAAGCAAGUCUGGGUCCAGAGGAAGGAAGGUGGGAGAAGUCUUCAGUGCUUUGAUUUAGGGCCAGAGGCAGCUAGAGCAGACGCCAGCGCGAUCCUGGCGAGAGUUGUGGGCCACUGGUUAUGCCAUGUGGAGUGAUGAACUAUUCAGGCUGCCCUCAGCCCUUGGGGAAGCCUUGGCUGUGGGACCCAGGCAGCCGCUGCUAGUGUGGGUGAAAUGCUGCAGAAGGAAAGGGAGGCGGUGCUGUCCCGACACUUUCUACACCACCCUGACUGCUGUGUUCAGAGCAGGUGUCCCCAUUCAGGGCCUGCUCCCCCAGCCACCACGUUCAGCAAGGACUCACAGCCGCGCCCUGUUCUCCAGCCGUACCUGGGCUCGUGCCUUUAGAAAAUGAAUCCUCGCAACUGAGGCACCAACUCCCCUGGGCUAAUGCAGCCUGUGCC